AUGGGGGGUCACCUACUCAUUAAGCCUAAGCUCUCCCCCUUCACUAUGGAUAUUUUGAACCAUCCAAUGACGAGAAUCAAGAUGCCAACCUCCAAGUAUGAUGGCACUUCGGAUCCAGAUGACCACGUGGCUGCUUACGAAGGUCACAUGUUCCUUUACACUGAUGUAGACGCCAUAUGGUGCAAGGUCUUCCCGUCCACAUUGACAGGCAUAGCCCAGACUUGGUUCAAAAGUUUAAAGCCAGGUAGCAUCUCUAGCUUCUCCCAGUUGUCGUCCACAUUCAGUACUCACUUUGUCAGUAAUAGGCGCCGCGAGCGUACUACGGGAGAAUUAUUGUCUGUCAAACAGGGGGCAAAUGAAAGUUUAAGGGACUAUAUCGGUCGCUUUAAUGUUGAAGCCGUUUCAAUUCCACGCUUACAGCAAGAUGUAGCGAGGGAAGAGUUUGACAAAGCUGUGGGAAACCGUGAAUCUGAGAAGAAAGAGGACAAGCAAAAGAAAGAUAAGGGCCGUGAAUCUGAUCGCGCCCGAGACGAUAGACGACAAGAGUCGCAUAUGGUAAAAAGAGGAGAUGAACGAGAAAGGGAUGGCGAAAGAUAUGACCGCGAUCGUAGGGAUCGUGAGAGGAAUGUUCGGGAAGGAGGUGAGCGCAGAACUAGAUUUGACGCGUACACCCAGCUGACUACCUCAAGAAGUCAGAUCUUUUUGAAGAACAAGGAUAGCGACAAAUGGCAGCGUCCUAAACCUAUGUUCCACAAAAAUCGUGAUAAAAGCAAAUGGUGUGAUUUCCAUGGGGAUCACGGCCAUGUCACGGAAGAUUGUCGUCACUUGAAAGACAUCUAG